AUGAACAACGAUGAUCGGGAAUUGUUGAACCCGGAAACAAUGCUGUCAAUCCCACUGAAGAAGACUGAUCCGGUGGAGCUGUACCUGCCGUUACGUAAGUUGGUAGCCUCAAAAUACUCCGAGAGCGAUGCACAAAAAGUUGAAAGCGUUCUCGAAACCCUAAACAAAUGCCGCCGGGACAUGGUGGAGCGUAGAGGGGGCCUCUCCCUUCCCAUGCAACGUGACUGCCUCAUCCACUACUUCAGAUGCCUUUCCAUGGUUGAGCCACUCUUCACCUCUAUCUCUUCCGACGCCGAUUCCAUUCUCUUUGUCUGGUACGACGCCUUCAACCCUGACCAUCAGGAUGGGGUCUCCUCACAGCGCAGCGCCAUCCAAUUGGAGAAGGCCGCUGUUGUUUUCAACCUUGGAGCCAUAUGCAGCCAGAUUGCUGCCUCCUGCGACCGUACCACCGCCCUUGGCCGUCACCUUGCAAUGGAAGCCUUCAAAGUUGCCGCCAAUUUCUUCCUCCAACUCUGGAAGGUUUUUGCCAAGGACGUGGUCUCCGCCACCUUCGAUUUGACUCCCCUCUUCGCGCAGUUUCUGCGGCACCUCUUCUCCGCUCAGGCUUCCGAGCUCGAAUUACGCGAACAACUCAACAACAACGACGCCGGCGACGCUCUCCAACAACACCGAUGUGCCCUAGCGUUUAGAUCGGUUUAUAAGCGUUAUCGUAGAGCAUAUGAACUGAUGCGUACUGAUUCGGCUGCACGGAAACAUGUCGACUCUUUUGACCAAACCUGGGUAACUCAUGUUUACCAGAAGGUGAAAUUCUUUGAGGCGGAGGCUCGUCAGAGGCAUUCAUCCAUCCUACCCGAAUCCGAGCAACCUGAUGUAUUCUCAAGGGUCAAAUCUUGUGCUCUUGAUCAUGAUGCAGAAUGUGUCACUGAGAUAUUAGUUAGAAGGAUUUGCAGGCUCUCGAGGAGAUCCAAGCUAGGACCAUCACAAGUGUACGUUGACCUCAUCCUCUCCGAAUACAGUCCUUUUAAGAUUAUGAAGGAUGGAAAGCUGGUGGCUUACCCAUGGGACAUGCCUCCUCCUUAUCCAACAAAUUCGGCAAUCCUCUCGUCUUUGAUGUCUUCUUCGUCGUCUUCUUCGUAUUCGGAUAUUCUUGCAUUCCUUCCUUUGAAGAAAAGUGAGCCCUUGAAUCUCUAUGAGUCACUGCGCAAUUACUUUGUCCUCAAAUACUCUGAGAGCGUGGCAAAGAGAGUAGAAGGCCUUCUCCAAACGCUACACAAAUUGCGAAAUGAGAUGCUGCGUGAUGACCUUUCUCUACCUUUUCGCCGUGACUGCCUCAUCCUUUAUUUGAAAUACCUUUGCAUGAUUGAGCCUUUCUUCCCUAUGAAUGCCUCACCCAACCCACCUAUCUUUGUUUGGUACAAUGCCAUCAACCCUCAACAGCACUCUUCUCAGCAUAACAUCCAUUUGGAGAAGGCCUCUGUUCUCUUCAACCUGGGAGCCCUCUGCACCCACAUUGCUCUCUCCUGCGAUCAAGGCACCAUCCAAGGCUAUCGCCUUGCCAUCGACGCCUUAAAUAAUGCUGCACAUUGGUUCGAUCAACUGUCGGUGUUUGAGUCUCUCAAUGCAUCUGGCACCAUUGACUUGUCAGAACCAUACAUCGAUAGGGUAGUAGAACAGUUUUCCGGCUUGAAAUUGAAGUUUUGUGGUCUCCAACCUUGUGGAUCAUCAUUACCUGGAUAUCUUGCUUUAACUUAUUUUCCGCGGACAUCUGAGCUUUUAGCUUAUGAUCCCAGUGAUGUCACUGAACAAUUUCUUUUAGGGUAUUGUAAGGCUCACUACCUGCUUGAAAGGGUAUGUGAAGCACCAUGCUUGGACCUUCUCUCUGAGGUUAGCCCUGUCAAGAUUGAGGAUGGAAAUCUUGUGGCCAAUGCAACCUUAAAGGCACCAAAUUUGGCAUUGGAGAACAUGAACUUGCAGGAGACGACACUACAGUAACGUUACCGUAGAG